GACGCUUCCCAACGGCGCAACUGGAUUUUUAUACCGUUGCACAGUGCGGCCGAAGGCCUCAUUAUGCGGCCAAAAUUCGAAAAAAAAAGUUUCUAGAUAGAGUUUUUUCAUCGUUGAGUUGGCUGAAGUAAUCCUCUAAGAAUUGAAAACCGUUCGUAGUAACGUCCUAUACCCUAAGUCCCCUCUUUUCUUUCAGUCGCAACGCGGCCUUCACCCAAACAUCAUAUUAUUGUAGAUACACAGGGAAAGUUAUACACGCGUGAAAGUUCUUGGAGUAAAGGAAAUCUAACAAAACCAAAUGGAAUCUACGUCUAAAGGUUCCAGUAAUACGACGGAAGGUGAUUUAACAAGGCUGAAAUUAUUCAAUGAAAUAAAAAACAUUUUAAAGAGUGAUACAAAAGAAAUUUAUGCUAAGGUGGAAACACUUUUAUCCGAAAGUGAAAAUUCAAGUUAUCAUUUAUCAGAUGAAGAAAAAAAGCAAAUAUCAGAUCAAGUACAUAAAAUGAGAUCAAGAUGGGAUUCAAGUAAAAGAAUAGAAGAAAAAUUUUUGAAAAAAAAUCAUGAUUGGUUACAAAAAUCCAUUGAACUGAAAAAAGAAGACCAAAAGAAGAAGAAAAAUAAUAAAGAAUCAAAAGAAAAACAAAAUGAUGAAAAAAAUUCAAAUGCAGGUCGGCGAGAACUCAGUUUCUCAGAAUCUUCAGAACUAAGUAAACGCAGGAAAACAGAAGAAUUACGAACGAAUGUAUCAACUGAAGCUCUCCUAUACUCAGCAACAAGUAAAUUGCGUUCUGAAGGUAAUACUGAUUUUGCAAAAGUGGUGCGUGAUAUUUCCGAAGGGAGUCCUACAAAAGCUUCGAAAUACAGAAAAUCUUUGGAGUCUGCGAAUAAAAAUAUACCUUUCACUAAUAAUGAAGCUUUAUCGUUGUUUAUUGAACUUGGAUUAUCUCAAAGCAAAUACCAGCAGCUGCGAAAUGCUCAUGUGCGGAAAAAAUCAAGGAUGAUUCCAUCAUACAAAAAGCUACAGAAAGCAAAAUUACAAUGUUAUCCAGCCUUAGGUUUUUCUUUCACUGAAAAUGAAGCAGCAGUUACAUUGCAAUCUCUAUUAAAUCAUACGAUUGACCGCAUUAUUCUUCAUCAAGUAGAAGUUAUAAAAUGUUUAUCUGAAGAACAACUACAAAAUUUAACCUUAAUCGUUAAAUGGGGCUGUGAUGGUAGUUCAGGACACAGUGAAUAUAAGCACAAGCUCGAUGAAAACGAUGUUAGUGACGAAAGUAUUUUUUUCACCUCUCUUGUCCCAUUGCAACUUAUACACAGAGACUCUACGACGAAGAAAACUACAAUAGUCUGGAAAAAUCCAAGGCCAUCAUCACCAAGAUAUUGUCGGCCAAUUAAAAUUCAAUGUGCAAAAGAAUCAGUUGACUUGACGAAAAAAACAACUAAUGACAUAGAAAACCAGAAACAUGAUCUGAAUGCAUUUGAAACUACUGUUGAUGGGAAAAUCGUGUGUGUUAAAUAUGAUUUGUCCUUGACAAUGAUAGAUACGAAAAUCACUUAAAAUUUGGCCUAUCAUCUCUACAUUGUUGGAUUAGGUGUUUCGAAUUUAUAUUACAUUUGUCGUACAAAUUAAAAAUCGAAAAAUGGCAGGUACGUAAGGGAGAGGAAAAAGAGUCGGUUGAAAACAGGAAA